AUGGCUGGCCAUGACUCAGGAUCUCAACACCAGUUCACUGGAUUUCAGAAGUACUUCAAUGCCUAUACCAUCACAGGCAGGAGGAAUUAUGUAAUAGCAACAUACACGGGUAUUGCCCUGCUCGUCUUGUAUUUCAAGUUUAGACCUAAAAAGACAACUCCUGCCGUGGCGGAUAAGUAA